AUGACUUCAAAGGGCGAGCUUGUUGGUGCUAACCCUACCGACAAACAGCUGGAAGGUAAAGCAACACUCACUAGCAUGCAGAAAAGAAACCAAAAUUGCCGCAUCCGUAAGAUGCUGGAGCAGUUAAAAGAACAAGGGGAAAAUGAAGAUGUUAUUACACAAAUGGCAAUCAAAUUAAAAGGGAAAACUUUUGAUCGGCCAGUUGAAGUGCUACCUCAACCCGUGAAGACUGAAGAAAGAUCUAUAAAGGUUGAGCCUUACAUUCCUCAAUUUAGGCUUCAGGGAAAGUAUGUUAAUAUACUUGAAGGAUUAGAAUUACACACAAAUGUAUUCACUAGCAGUGAGCAGGAUGAUAAUGUGGAGCAUGUCUUUUUGGAAAGAGACAUGGGUCGUGCUGGUCGGUUAAGAAGAACAUAUUCUGAGACCAGGAAGUGGAAACACGAUUGUAUUCCCAAUAGCUGCAUAGUUAAUAUCUACGAGGCUGGUAACUGUAUUCCUCCACAUGUUGAUCAUGAUGAUUUUGUGAGACCAUUCUGCACAGUCUCAUUCAUCAACAAAUGUAACACUAUGUUCGAGACGGAAAUCCAGAUUGUUGGUGAUGGAGAAUUUUGA